UCCACAUGUUUUGCGACAUUCAGGCGAUAGAUGGCGCGGUGAACGAACGAAUCGCCCUCGCACAGUCGCACCUCCUCAAUUUUCCCUUCUUGCUUCCAUAUAAUUCUAGUUCGUCUGCUAUUCCCCAGCCGUAAAACGUGACAACUGACAAAAAACAACUAAAAAAUCGAAAAUGAUCUCCACAAAAAUUUUUUUGUUGCGGUCUGUUGUUAGGCAAAAGGUUGUCAUUUCCAGCAGCAUUCGUUUUCGUACGAUAACUCAAGCGGCGUCGGCCGAGAAAAUACAGAGGAUCGUCAACGACAUUUCCCAGCUUACCCUCAUCGAAGUUGCAGAAUUAAACCAAGUUUUAAAAACAACUCUUAAGAUUCCUGAUGCUCCAGUAAUGGCAUAUGGUGCAGGUCUUGCUGCAGGCCCAGUUCAACCAAAAGAAGAGGAAGAAGAAGCUCCUAAGGCUAAAGUUCAGACCAUUUUUACAGUCAAACUCACGAAAUUUGAUGAAACCAAGAAAAUUGCUUUAAUCAAAGAAAUUAAAAACAUUGUUGAGGGAAUGAACCUUGUUCAAGCCAAGAAAUUUGUAGAAACUCUCCCUGCAGUUGUACGAGCAGAUAUUCCCAAAGACGAAGCAGAGAAACUUUCAUCUGUGAUAGCUGCUGCUGGAGGUAUUUGUGAAAUUGUUUAAUUUGAGUAUGUUUUGUAGUAAAAACCAAUAAAAUAACAAAAGACA